AAACUAAACACUUACACUCCAAUUAUCUGAAGAUCCGCUAUCAGAUCCAGCUGCGUGUAAGCUGUUCCUAUCGGCGAGGCACUAGGAAUCGAGGUAAACAGUCACCGAAUGUUGAUUUCGAAGGAUUCCGAAAAAAAGUCACGAUGGUAUUUUGGAGGUUUGGCCAGCGCUGGUUCGGCAUUCUGCACGCAACCGCUCGAUCUGCUAAAGGUGAUCUAUCAAACGGACCUCCGGACCAACGUGUCGAUGUUUCAACUUUCGCGUGAAAUUGUCCGCGACGAUGGGGUGUGCGCUUUAUUUAAUGGCGUUUCCGCAGCUGUCUUGCGGCAGCUCACCUACUCAACAACACGAUUCGCAAUCUACGAGCUAGGCAAGCAAACAGAAUUUGGAAAAGAGUCCGGAUUUCUUGGUCGUGUGGUGAUGGCAGCUAUCGGUGGUACGGUUGGCGGCUUUGUGGGAUCUCCGGCAGAUCUGAUCAACGUGCGAAUGCAGAACGACAUCAAACGACCACCCGCGCUGCGGAGAAACUACAAGAACGCCUUCGAUGGCAUCGUCCGGGUGUGGCGCGAAGAAGGCUUCCGGAGACUGUUUGCUGGGGCAAGUUCGGCUACGGCACGGUCGGUGUUCAUGACCAUCGGACAGCUGACGUUCUACGACCAGGCCAAGUACACACUCUUCCAAACCGGCUACUUUACGGACAACAUCGGAACGCAUUUUCUGGCCGCGUUAAUUGCCGGUGGCAUGGCCACCACUAUGACGCAACCGAUAGACAUGGUGAAGACGGUGAUGAUGAAUGCGAAGCCAGGUGAAUUCAACAGCAUCGGAGCUAUAUUGGUGCACAUCGGUCAGCUGGGACCUUUAGGAUUUUUCAAAGGAUUCAUCCCUCGCUUCAUCCGGCUUGGGCCGCACACCGUGCUAACGUUUAUAUUUUUAGAGCAAUUGCGCAUCCAUUUUGGAGUGGUGGAAUCUCGUUGAACAUGCGGACUAUUUAUUUAUUUUUUUGUUUUCGUAGGAUAUUGUGAUCUUUAGAUGCGUGCUAUUAGAAUAGAAUAUAGUCUAUUAGUUAUAUUUUCCAAACU